GGUGCCCCUGCUGCAGCGGCAGCGGCAGCGGCGGAGGCGCAUCGCUGCUGCCCUGAAGAGGCGCCGGCGGCGGCAUGGCGUCGGUGGCGGCCUGGCUGCCGUUCGCCCGCGCGGCCGCCAUCGGCUGGGUGCCCAUCGCCAACAACCCGCUGCCGGCGCCGCCGGUGACGCGCGAGCGGCGGCGGCGCGAGGACGAGAAGUUCACCAUCAACGUGAGCGGGCGCCGAUUCGAGACGUGGCGCAACACGGUGGAGAAGUUUCCCGACACGCUGCUCGGCUCCAACGAGCGCGAGUUUUUCUUCGACGAGGAGGCGCGCGAGUACUUCUUCGACCGGGACCCGGACAUAUUCCGGCACAUACUCAACUACUACCGCACCGGGAAGCUGCACUACCCGAAGCACGAGUGCCUGAUGGCCUACGACGAAGAGCUGGCCUUCUUCGGGAUCGUGCCGGACGUGAUCGGCGACUGCUGCUACGAGGACUACAGGGACAGAAAGCGAGAGAACGCGGAGCGGAUGCUGGACGACAAGCUGUCCGAAGGGAACGAGAACGCGCAACUGGCGCACUCCACCAUCAGGCAACGCAUGUGGCGUGCCUUCGAGAACCCGCACACGGGCACGGCGGCCCUGGUGUUUUACUACGUCACGGGCUUCUUCAUCGCCGUCUCGGUGAUGGCGAACGUUGUGGAGACGAUUCCCUGCGUACACGACUCUCGAGCCGGCGAGAGCCGCUCGUGCGGCGAGAGCUACAAGGUGGCCUUCUUCUGCCUAGACACGGCCUGCGUGAUGAUCUUCACCGCCGAGUACCUGCUGCGGCUGUACGCAGCCCCUAACCGUUGCAAAUUCAUGCGCUCCGUAAUGAGCAUCAUUGACGUGGUGGCUAUCAUGCCCUACUACAUCGGUCUCGGCAUCAAGGACAACGACGACGUGUCCGGCGCGUUCGUCACCCUGCGGGUGUUCCGCGUGUUCCGCAUCUUCAAGUUCUCGCGACACUCGCAGGGCCUGCGCAUCUUGGGCUACACGCUCAAGAGCUGCGCCUCUGAGCUGGGCUUCCUCGUCUUCUCGCUAGCCAUGGCCAUCAUCAUCUUCGCGACGGUCAUGUUCUACGCCGAGAAGAACGUCAAGAGCACCACCUUCACCAGUAUACCGGCCGCCUUCUGGUACACCAUCGUCACCAUGACCACCCUAGGGUACGGGGACAUGGUGCCGGACACUAUCACGGGCAAGAUCGUCGGUGGCGUGUGUUCCCUAAGCGGAGUGCUCGUCAUCGCGCUUCCAGUCCCUGUCAUUGUGUCCAACUUCUCCCGCAUAUACCACCAGAGCCAGAGGGCUGACAAGAGGAAAGCCCAAAAGAAAGCCCGGAUGGCGCGAAUCCGCAUCGCCAAGGCGACUAGCGGUGCGGCGUUUGUGAGCAAGAAGAAAGCGGUAGAAGCGCGUCUGGCGGCCCAGGAGAGCGGCCAGGAUCUGGACGACAGUCCCGAGGACAUCUUCGAGCUGCAACACCACCACCUCCUCAGGUGUCUAGAAAAGACCACGGACCGGGAGUUCGUGGAGCUCGAGGUGCCCUACAACGGGCAACCGAACCGUCCAUCUUCGACACCGCCGCUGUCGCCAGUACCGUCCGUGGGCUCGGAGGACAAGUCGCUGCUCCAGUCCUGCUGCGGCCGGAGGUGCUCCAAGAAGAAGUACCAGCAAGGUAGCGGCACCUCGGAUCAGGAGGAGGAGCUCAACGACAUCCAGGUGCGACUGCCGAACCGGACGCCCCCUAGCGACCACCACCAGCAGCAGCUGACACCUCCGCCACACCACGUCGUCACCAUGUCGCGGUCGAGUCUGAACAACCCGGCUCCGCUCGUGACCACAAUGACUUCCUCGCACGCUGGGGGCCCGCCGCUGGGCGUCACCACGGCAGUGGUCAGCUACCCGCCGCCCGCGGUCGGCCCGUCCACCGACAACGACGCAAGCGGCGGGAGCGGCUGCUCCACGUCGCUAGGAGUGAGCGCGACGUCCAGCGCCGCCGGCGCGAGUGGCGCUGCAGUCGCAAGUGGUGCUCCGAGCGGCGCGGCCAGCGCCGGCGGCCCCAUGGUUCGCAUUUCAACACUGUGAUGAAGAGGAAGGCUAUAAAUUCGUCAUUACCGACAAAGACAGACAGGCAACACACAUGCACUCUCCCUGCGAAAAAUAAUGGGAAGGAUUCCUUGAGGCGAUAGGAAUCUUUCCGGCGGCUCCGUGUGCAAACUGGCAAGGUAACCCGGCGGGCGUUCCGAGGGAGUUUCCGUGGCUGCCCUCUCCGACAGGGCUGCCGCUGGUGUGACCCCUCCGCUCUCUCUCUUCCGUACACCUGUAAAAAACGCGCUUUCGACGUUACCGUGCCGCUGUUUGACACAAUAUAGCGAGGCUGGGCCUCGGCGUUCCCCAUUCCACGCUGAGCCAAAAAACCGCGAGUGAAGGGCUCCCUCUCCAUCUUCGAUCGUGUUUAUGUAUGCUGCACCGCGUAGGCUUGAGUACUUGAGCGCAAAAUUACUCAACCUGUCAGGACGAGUGAGCGAUGGGCGCCGUACUGGCUCACCGGCGCCCACAGCUGCGACCAAUAUGCAAACUAUAGAGUCUCCAGCGAUACACCUGUUGCGGCUAACGUCGUUUUCCUUUCUCCCUGUUCUUAUUCCUUCUGCUCCUUUUCCAUACGAAAGCCCUAUUUCGUUCAGGAAAUAGUUUAGUUUUUCUUCAGCUGGGAAGCGCGAAACCUAAAGUGGGUAAUCGCUUCGUCCAUCCUGAAUUUUGCGUGCGUCCACACGGCUUCCACAAAUAACGCACUCCCAUCUCGCUCCUUCUCGCUUAGACGGCCUGAGUCAAGACUGAGGACAAAAUUCGACAUUCUAAGCGCUCUCUUUCUACUAAGCACUGCUGACGACGAAUAUCGAAAUGAAGCAGCUGAGGCCGCUGAAAGGUGAGCCUAUAUCAGGAAUAAUUUACUCAGUUCCACGUGUUAUCCGGCUGAUAGACUCGCCUUAAGAUACAAAUAGUAUUUAGAAACAUUUUGUUUUAGCACCAGACCAAAACAGCGUCCUUGCGGUGCUAGGGAUGUGGUGCCUCCGUAUCGAUCGUUUGGUAAUUCCUGCCGCGCUGAAAUUCGAAGGAUCAUAUCGUUCUCGCAUCAUUCCCAGCACCUUCGAAAAGACGCGCUGAACCGUCCGUCAGUGAGACAGCAUCAAGAGAAUUACUUGCUUUAAUACCUUCUCGCGUUUUCUUUUUUUUUUUAUGGAAGAUUGUCGUUUAGUAUUCGCAGAAAGCACUGACGCGAGAAGUGUUCGUACGGGAAAAUUAUCAGCCUAUCCUCAUGCCGGACAUAUCAUCAGCAAAGCCAGCUGGCCAAUGACGGGGAGUGCUUACGAAAGACAUUUGUGUGAAUUUAGCCCCUUAUAGCUUUACCUGCAUGAGUUUCGCGUGAAAACCGCGGCACCAGUGCAGUGAGGCUGAUUACGCAAACUUAAAGGCAUUUUCGCGUGCACUAGGCGGUUCUAUGUAAAAAAAAUAAUAAUAAAACUUUAUAUGAACUUUGCUCUUGAAUAUUGAAAUACUUCCAAAUCCAACAUAAUCAGUCGUUUUUUUUUUCUAAUUAUUUUGAAUAAAUGAAGUUACCUGGUGGCGAAAAGGCGAGCCCAAAUUUUGUGACGUAACGUGGCAGCGUUAAAGGAAUUCGAAUGCGACUUCAGCAUAUGCUGUUUCUUUAUAUCAUUUCUGACUUAAAAAGCCACCUCUAACAGUAGAAUUAGCCUGUUCAAAAAUUUUUCAGUGCUUCGUCUCAGUCCAAAUCGACGGGUUAUUUCUUGGUUGGCUCGUUACAACUUUAUUGUAUUGCCCUGCAGGGUUUUUGGCGACCAGGUCUCUCUUUUUUUUCUAUUUAUGUUUUCCUGGUCUAGAAUGAGAACGACAAUGUUUAAUGUUCUCAGCAAAAAUACUGAAAAAGGAGAACCUGCUUUUUCCAAUCGACUUCCGGAGAGCUGCGAAUAUUGUCCUCAGUUUCCACUUGGGCCGCGCUUACAUAGCUUCGCAAGCAAGCUUUCCCACCACAUAUUAGCGCCGUAAGCGUUGUUGUGUCACGUGUUUCAAAGAAAAAUUCCAAGUGGCCAUAUGUCAUAAUGGCUGCCCGGCGAUGGAAUAACUUCUACGUUUUAAAUUUCCCUGAAAUUCAGGUAUUAUGGCGAGUUCAGUUUUACCGCAAACUUCUUAGCGUUUGCGGAUUACCGGUUUACCGAAGGCGUAAACGUCGGUGGUCGUAGUGGUGGCGCGGAGAUCAAAUCAGGCAAACACAGAACUAUCAGUGCAGUAACGUGGCCUCCGCGAUCUAGUCCGGUAGCGCGCUGCCGGAGCUAAUCGCGAAGGCCACAGCAGUUACAAAGUACGAGCAACUUCGCUGCUGCUGUAAACUUUCGGCAGUGGCGUUGUGUUUAGAAGAAGCGCCUCAUGACGUCACUGUCGGCGCCCUUGUGGCCCGGUAUUCAGGAAAUGCCUUCUUGUAUGCCUAAUGCCCGACACGCUAAAACGAUUCAUUAAAGUUCUCGGAAUGCACAACGUGUUCGGUUAGCUCCGAGCCCGUGGUUCAAGUGUGUAGAAAAGACAUACCGUUAAGACGGCAUUAAUUGACAAGCUUCGUACUCAGGGCAUGAUUCGGAAGGCCGCAUCUAAACUCAUCUAUUAUGCCGCAUGUUUUCAGCAAAAAACGAAAGGAAAAAUGCUCUGGGGUCACAAGGAAUUCGGAAAAAAUAAGCAGGAUGGUUUAUGCGAGAUUAUAUUCUUGGUCGAUGCGUUCACAAAACGAUUUAUUCGCGCUAUCUAGUCAUUCGUCGGCUAAAUUUAACUGUUGUUAUUCGUAACGUUAUAACCGCUGAAUUGCAUAGCUGAAUUUGCGAAGCAAUUGAUUUUUUUUUUCCUGUUGCAUCUCGCAACACUUGUGGGUGCCGGACUCUUUCUUCGGCCGCCACAGUUUUGUGCUCUCCGUUUUAACUGUGCGGAUCUCCAACGUAGCCCUUGCUUUCAUUGAAUUACGUUUGCAUCAUUGCGCCUACAGUUUUUAACAUUGAAAUAAUCGGAACACAACAGGACGUCCAAGUGGCAUCAAUUACGCAGGCCAGUAUCUCUCGCUUCAUCGACAUGCAGAUCGCGGCCGGCAUAGGCGUGC